AUUGACGAAGGAAGAAAAAAGAAAAGAAAAAAAAAAGGCUCGGUCUGGUCUGGGUGUUAUUAUUUUUCUGGUUACCUUCUUCUUCGGUUUUCUUUGAUUUCUCUAUGCUCUGGGCCAGUCGUCCGUCUUCCUGAGAAAUUCACUUUCCAUUUCUGCUGUCCUUGUUGCCUUUGAUCACGAAUUCGGUAGAAAUUGUAUAUUCUUUCGUCAUAAAAAGACAAAAAAAAAAAAGGUUAAAACUUUUCAGACCAAACUGCUUAGAUUCUUUUAUACGUUUUCGACAUUCUUGUCUGAUGACAUAUAUAGUUUCUCGUUUUCGAUUGAAAAAGCCUUCCUUCCCUGUAAUCAAUCAAUUUUUUGCGACUUGCGUUUAGAUAAAUAUUAUGAUGAUGAUCUUGUUUUGGGGAUUUGUUGGUACUUUGUUCUUUUCAGUAGUAAAGUAUAUUGUCGUUGUGAGCUAUGAGUAGAGAUUCCAAAGGAAGAGCUUGGUAUGGUAAAGUCUUACCGUAGAUUGGAAACGAUUCUUGUGGUUGAUAAGGACACUUUUGUUUCUCAGGGUAAGGUUUCUUUAGAAUCAAAUGAUUCUGUAAAGGAUGAACCAGCAGAGGAACCAAUGGAUGGGGAUAGUAGUUUAAAGGAGAAGUUAUCAGACUCUGUGUUUAUUGAUGAGGAGUUUGAAGAGCUUUGUGAUGAUGAUCAGACAGCUGGCACUUCCCUUUGCCACAAAGAUCCAAUAUCUUCUCCAGCAUCUCAUCGCUCCCCGGAUAGCUUUAUGACUACUGUAAUACCAUGUAAUGAUGAUACUUUUGUAUCGCCCUCUGGGAUUUCUACGGGUGUCCCAAAUCUAAUCCCAUUCGCUACAGAGAUUCAAGCUACACCUGUUCAAGACAGUGUGGCCAACACUACGUCCUUUAGCAGCAACUCUAUGAAAGUUAAUCAAGAUGAGUUCUGCAUUGAAGACUUCGAUGUUGGUCCCUUGGAUACCAUUGAUUUGUAUGACAUGACAACUCGAGAAGACCCCUCAGAUUUUGACGACAAUUUGCUCUAUGCAACGCGUGACAGGACUAAGCAACUCAGAUCAUUCAAGAGAAAGAUAAUGGAUGCUUUAACUACCAAAAAAAGAAGAGAGAAGGAAUAUGAGCAGCUUGCAAUAUGGUUCGGAGACGCAGACAUGGGUUGUGAUCUUGUAAACACUAAAGAACAUGCUAACGCUAAAGAACAUGCUACAACUUCUCCAGACUCCAAAAGCUCACAGUCAAAUGUGCCAUUUGUAUCAGAAGAUUCUGAGUGGGAGAUAUUGUAAAGAUAAAAAGGAGUUCUAUUUUGGUGAGGCUCAUGUGAUGCUUUUGAACAUAUCAAGAAUAAUUUUGUAACUAAUAUGAAAAAAACAAAUUCUUCUU